AUGUGUGUUAGGAUCGCCAUCGAUCUGGAUAUCUUCACCACCUUGAGCGAAAGGAACUGCCCGACGACAUUGGAGGACUUGGCGGUUGUCAAGGGCGCUGAUCCCAUCCUGACAGAACGCGUCUUGCGCAUUUUGGCCGGCAUCGAUUAUGUGGCGGAGCAUAAUGUGAGGUUGUAUACCCCAACGGCAAUGUCGAGGCAAAUGACCAACCGUUUGAGUCUGGCAGUGGUGAAGUUCAUCUUCGAUGUCGGGAUGCCCACGCUCGCCAAAGUCCCGGAGUUUCUGCGAACGAAUGAGUACCGAAAUCUCUCGGGUCCGUUGAACGGUGCAAUCCACUAUGCGGAGAAGAUGGACACUAUCAUCUGGGAGUGGCUCGCCACAAAACCGGGAUACCUGGACGCCUGCAACACAUUCAUGGAAGCGGAUCGGGGCAGCCGACCCAGCUGGUUGGAGUGGUUUCCGGUUCAGGAGCAACUGAUCGACGGUUUCCAAAAGGGUGACACUGAUGUGCUCCUUGUGGACGUAGCAGGAGGACGUGGACAUGAUGUUGCUGCCUUCCAGACCAAAUUCCCCAAUGCACCAGGUCGAUUGGUACUGGAGGAUCUCCCGCAGGUUCUAGAUAGUGCAGUUGUUCACCCCAAGAUUGAACAUAUACCUUUCGAUCUGUUUAAGCAGCAGCCGAUACAAGGUGCGCGGACUUACUAUCUGAAAUUCAUCCUGCACGAUUGGUCGGAUGAGGAUUGUCGUCGGUUUCUGAGGCAUGUCGGAGCGGCCAUGAAGAAGGGAUACUCGAAAUUGAUUAUUGAGGAGUUUGUGCUUGCUGAUAGAGACUGUGCUAUGCUGCCUGCUAUGUGGGACUGGGAGAUGUUGAUCUUCUGCAAUAGCAUGGAACGUACCGCGGACCGGUGGAGGAGAUUGGUCGGUUCUGCGGGCUUCCGAGUAGUGAAAUUCUGGCCUCCUCCAGGGGACGGACAAGGUAUAAUUGAAGCAGAGCUGGAGUAG